GGUUCACGACUCCGUCAUCAACUCCUUGGCCAAGUCAGCCCGCGAGCCGGCCAAGUUCACUGGCGACAAGGACUGCUCGUCAUCGUCAGAGCAGGCUGGCAUGACAAUUUCAUUGCUGGGUCAGCGGCGCUCACUGUUCGAGGAGAUUAAGAACUCGACCGCCGCGAUCGCCCAGAGGACGACGACGAACGCGGAGCACCAGGUCAUGCUCGGCUGCGCGGUGCGGCUGCGGGCGCAGAUCGUCCAGCAAGCGUCCUUUUCGCUUGCGGGUACCCACCCACCGCUGAUGCUGCAGCUGGCCGUCUGCCCUCGAAUCGAGAUGCCUGAUCAGGACUCCAACCCACACGCGUGGCCUCGCAUCGCCACGUUGUGCCUCGGGCUGUUGCUGGAGAACGUUCCUUCAGGGGAGGAGGAGCUCGCCGCGGCUGCAUCGUUGGCAGUGCGAACUCAGACGGCCAUCGUGAGCGACAUGAUCGAGCGGAUUGUCCUCGAGAGCCCGUCGGAGCAGAAGUCCUUGGAGAUGAUUGCCGAGAUCAAGGCCGCCCUGGGCGAGGACUUCACCCCUUUCGACUUUGAUGUGACAGGAACUGGCGAUGCUGGGCCCGAGCCCCACGCCAAGUGUGGCCUCUUCGAGCAAUCCUACGUGGACAUGUCCGUGCUCAUCGUUAUCGGCGACGCCAUCGUCUGCAUGAGCGCAGGGGCUACUGUCGCUGGCGAGCUGCGCAAGCAAGCCAAGAAAAUGCUGUCUGUGGUGUCAUCAAUUUCGACUCGCGUCCGCAACCUUGCCUUAGCUACAGUGAAGGGGGCCAUCAACAACAACAUUUUCAAACGUGGAUGGGCGCAGCUAUCCGAGAUGUUCCCGAAUGAUACAGACUUGAACUCUUCGCAGGACGCCGCGGACGCAGCCGCCAAGUUCAAGACAGUCAUGGGUCAGAAGGUUGAAGAGGCGGCGGCGGCCGUAGGGGACUCCGCGGACAUCGCGUACAACGUUGUCGUGGACUUGUGUGACGAUGACGAAGUGGCCAUCACUGAGAAAUUCUGUUCCUUGUGCAUCGUCAAUGCCGACCCCAGCGACUUCGAUGAGCUAGCGUACUCCGACUACCAGUCGAUGGCAACCAAGGUCGUCAAGUUCCUGUGCACCACCUUGAUGGGCCAGUUCACCGUAGAGGAUCUCCAGGGUAAGCUGUCAUCUGCGAUGCACUCCGAGGCUUCGGAGGACAUGUUGCAUGAUGUCUAUUGGGCCGGGCGCAUCUUCGAACAGCUGCUCAACUUUGCACCGAAGUGGACCCGCCUCCACGUUGCCAAGGAGAAGGUCCUUAUGGCGAACGCUGCAAUGGAGCUGGUGGACACCUGCAAGAUCGACGCUUCUUGUGCGACGGGGCUCCGCGAGUGGACCACACUCUACGGGCUGGACCAGCAGUUGCUGGUGACGUUGCAGGGCGCCGCCGACGGCGCGCCCAACGAGCUCUUCGAGACAGAGUUCGUGGAUUUCCUUCGGUGCUUGACGGACGCCUGGUCUACC